GUCACCCAGUCUGCCAGUCUGUGCAGGAAGUACUCAGCUCCCAGUCAGCUCUGUCCCAGCAGCAUCGGGGGAUCGGCCCUCCUCCCUGCGAACCCCACCAGCGCUACCUCUCUGGCUGCCCGCAAGACCUCCCUGUGCCAGCCCCCUGCCACCUCCGCACCCCCCCAGCUCCAACCGGCCCAGUUUAUCCCCUACAACCCGUCGGCCGCCUUCGCCGCUCAGUGGUGCGGCCCGGCUCACAGCGUGGCCAACCCUCCUCAGGCUCCGGCUCAGCCUCUGCUGGUCAGCACGUCUCAGCCUCUGGGCCCGUACCCCACCCAGCAGGGCCAGGGCCCUCUGCAGGCUUUCCACCACCCCAGCGCUCUGCAGAAGUCUGUGAGCACGCCGGGGGGGCCCAACCUGAGGACCACGUAGGGUUUGGCCUGAGGGCCACUUUAAGUGACGGCCCAGUCGGACAGAUGUGUGUGGGGGGGUGGGCUCAGAAGCUGGAGGAGAGAACGUUGGACAGAAAAAAAUACAAACAAUGGAAGAAUGAAUAAAAUCCGGUCAUCUCCACUUCCACUGCACUUUGGGUUUGUCGCAGCCAACAAAUGAUCAAAGACUAAAGUCUCAUGCAGCGUUUAAAGGCCAAAGAGGUUCUGGCAGAGAGCAGGGCUGSUGUCUGCAGCCGUUUGUGUGUUUAGGCUUUCACAGCUGGGUUGCACUUGUUCCGGAUCAAGCUCUACGUUCUCUGCUAAACGCUAACUGUUGCCUCUGCUAGUUGCUCAGAAUUGACAAAAGUGUUGUUUUUUUUUUAAUAUGACUUCAUUGAGUUUUUUUAAUAAUUACCAAAAUGUUGUUAAAGGUUUUGACAUCAAGCAUGAACAGAAAAAAAAAAACGUUUAAAUGAUUUAAAAGCACAAAAGAUGGUCUCAAACGAAUGCAUGUCCAGAACACGUGGAGCCCAGCUCGUCUCUGCUCCGUCUCCUUCUUUCUCCUGCCUUCUCUCUUCUGUUACCAUUUGAAGCAAUAACAGCAGGAAGUGAAGCCCAAACAUGAGAGAACUCUGUGGAGAGGGGGAAAAAAGAAAAAGUGGCCUUGUUAUUAGAAUAUCAGAGUCCUUGUACAGUUUGUUUAUUUUCUCAAAUGUCAGCGAUGAUGAUUCCAUUGUAUUUUGUUGAUUUUGGUUUUGUUGGGUUUGCUGGCCUCACAAAAACACACUGCAUGAGACGUCCAUACAAAAGCACACACACGCACACACACACACACGUGUAAAUACACUCACACGGUCUGAACUCAAACUCUGCCUUGUUUCUUACUGUCGUUACUAGUUUGGGUUGAAACGGUUGCAAUGUACAUUAAUAAUGUUAAUGACUAUUAUUCUAUUUAAAAAGCAAAGCGUCGUGUUCUGUCAGCGGACCUGUUCUUUGUGCACAUCGCUGUACGAUGUGGAGACACUGUGAUUAUUCUCGUUUAUUAUUAGCGACAUGUUGUUGGACAACAUUAGUUUUAGGGUCUCAAAUACUUCAGUUUGGGGUCCUUUUACUUUCAGUUCGAURGAUGUUUUAAUGUGAAAACUAACUUUUUUUUGUUUGUUUKUCCYCCCCCGGUCAAUAAGCGCCCUCUGAUUCAUAUCCAGACACAAAGCCUUACUGAUAAAUCUUAGCUUGAACUGAAAGUCGGACCUCAUCCCUGCAUUUAAAGACAAACCUGCAGGAUAAUCUAGAUAAUAAAAUAAAGCUAGCUAUUUUUUUUAAUACAAUACUUGUAUAUCAGACACUUUAAACAGCCCCUGGUUUUGUUGGAUGAAUGUGAAUGUAGAAACCAAUGGUGUCCAUUUUAAUGUACUUGACUUGAACAAAGGUUUUAUUCUUUUCACCGUCUUUGCUUCUCCUCUUUAGAGCCUCUGGUGGAAAGAAACAAAGAAAAAACACAGAGGUGUUUCUAGUGCCUUGCAUCCUUCCUGUUGCUUUUUUUUUUGUUUGUUUUUGGGGGCCGGGUUUGGGUUGAAGUUUGCAGAAUGUGCGUGGAUUUAUUUCUUUUUAUUCUGCUGUAGACUGGUUGUGGAUUUGAAGUCGGUGGUGGUGGUUGGACCUGGUUGGUGGAUUGGUUGUGUUCUGCAAAAAAAAAAAAAAAAAAAAUCCACUCUCGCUCUGCUGCUGUUCAAACCAAGAAGACUACUUUGUUUUUAUGAUCAUCAGUGUUUCUGUGGCUGUGUGUUUUUAGUUUUAACAGAGGGGCGUUUUUGAAGAUUGUAUUUGAAGCUUGGAGCACUCUGUACUUAAGAGGCACAAACCUGUAGGUGCGUCGUACGGUUCCCGAAAUUCUCUUUUCAAUCCUUUUUGUGUCAAUUCAAACAGCAACACUUGGGAUUUUCUUACAAUAAAACGAGAUGUUUACGUAGAUUUCCAGAAAGUGCGGGCUUUAAUUUCUUCCCUGAUUCCAAACAUUAAUUCAGUAAACUUAUAAAACUCUAAAAUGUCUCAAAGUUUGGUUAAAGUAAAGUUUUCAAUAGUUAUUAUCAAAGAUCAUAAAAAAUUACAACUGCAUGACUUGUACAUUCAUUUUUUUAAAUCCUAGGUUUUUUUGGAGCAAUAAAAUGUAAAUUUUAUUCACAGAAACUAUUUAACAGGUGAUGGGAGAGGAAUAAAUUGUUCAUGUGGGUUAUUUAGUUACUUUGCUUUAACACUUUAAACUUUACCUCAGUGUUGUAGUUUCAUGUUUUUUGUUAAUUAAUUAAACCUCCAUAUAAUACUCAGUUGCUUUUUUUUAUUACAAAGCAGGUUUGGCAGAAGCUGUGACAAAUCACUGAGCCACUUUUUGAUUUUAAUUUUGAAUUUCUCCAAUUCCCUAAUAAUGCCACAACACAGUGCCAUUUGUCUUUUUGUCAAUUAAAAGUGUUUAAAAAAGUAGAUUUACCUGAUAUGACUAUUACUCUGACAUAUUACAGCUGGAUUAAAUGUUUGAUCCCGGUCUAGAAAAUAUCUCUGGGUGCAGUUUUUGUAAAGUUUCAGAGUUUAGAGGACUCUUACUUUGAAAAGACUGGAGACACUUUUAUUUUGCCAUCGCCUGCUGAGAGUAGCAGAACUCCUCUUCUGCUGUUUUAUAAUUUCGAGACUCAAUUAUUUUUUGUGUUUUUUUUUUGUUUUUUUUUACUGUAAAAUUACCCACAUUUAGAUUUAACUGAACCAGAUUUGUGGGCAGGUUUUUCUUUCUGGUCCCUGAGUGUUUUAUCGUCAGUUUUUAAGUCUCAUUUGUUUAUUUUGCCGUUUUAAAGUCUCUAAAAAAACAUUUAAUUUAGUUUUCUGUAAUAUAUUGAACAUUUUACAAAAGUGGAGUGAAUGAAAGAAAACAAAAUUACACGUGAAGCAUCGGCUGCCUUUAACGGGAUGUUGUGCACUAAGUAAAGAGUGUUCAAGCUUCAAGUUAAAAAAAAUAAAGUCUUUGCGCUACAACACAAUGAAAUUUGUUACAUUAUUUGUAAAAACUGAAUAAAGUUGUUUAAAUGAUUUCAA